UUUACAGUGCAUCCGCCUCGUUUCUACUCCAGCGACCGCUGUGACAGUCCGCCCGCUUACUCAUCAACGCCAAAAACUUCCAUCGAACCGAACAGUACAACCACCUCAACCACCGCAACCAUGUCACCAAGUCUAGCAGGGAAGCUCCUGCAGCUUUCCCCCUCCCUACGGGAGACCCAAUCGCUGCUCCCACGCAUCCCAAUCCGAGAAUUCGGCAUCCGCUCCCUUAACCCCCCCAAACCCAACCGCUUCAAUGUCGGCGCCGGCCUGCCCGUCCUCGAAUCAACCUCGACCGCCGCCCUCCGCCGCAAAGCAAACUCCCUGCCACUGCGCAGCGGCGCAAUCGCCACAAAAAAAGGCAUGACCGCCAUCUUUGACCCGGAGACCGGCAAGCGCAUUCCCUGCACCGUCCUCCAGCUCGACCGGGUCGAGGUCGUCUCCCACAAGACGCGCGAGAAGCACGGUUACUACGCUGUGCAGGUCGGUGCGGGAUGGAAACACCCAUCGAACAUGACCAAGUCGUUGCUCGGCCAUUUUGCCGCGAAUGGUCUCUCGCCUAAGCGUCAUGUUUAUGAAUUCCGCGUUAAGGGUGAGGAGGGUCUUUUACCUGUUGGCGAGAGUAUUUAUGCCAGUUGGUUCCAGGAGGGCCAGUUUGUCGAUGCCAAGUCCAAUACCAAGGGAAAGGGCUUUGCGGGUGUGAUGAAGAGACAUGGGUUUGGUGGUCAGGAUCGCAGUCACGGUGUUAGUUUGACGCAUCGUUCUAUGGGUUCGUCUGGUCCUGGUCAGGGUGGUGGUUCUCGUGUCUACCCUGGCAAGAAAAUGGCUGGAAAUAUGGGCAACACUCAGAAUACGGUGCAGAAUCUGAAGAUUCUCAAGGUGGACCGUGAGACUGGCGUUGUCGUUGUGAGCGGCGCCAUCAGUGGUCCCAAGGGCUGCACUGUCAGAAUUCAGGAUGCAAUCAAGAAGCCCUGGCCGGAGGUUGCUUCUGCUUCCGCUCCUGCUGAUGCUGAAGCUGCGACGGCCUAA